CCAAUGAGACACAGAGAGGAGAGGCAGAGCGAGGGCAACGCCUCAAAGCACCGGGAAUCUCUCUCCAUCGCCCUGUCUCUUUUUUUUCCUCCUCUUUUCCUCCCGAGCAAGCUCGUUCUUUCACUCUCGUCCGGUUUUCGCCGCUGACUGGAAUGCAGCGUUUCCUUUCAUGGAGGCGGCGUUGUCACCUCAGUGGACUGUAAAGUCAUCUUUGUUCAUUCAAGGAGUGGAGAUAUAGGUUAGUGGGCCUUUUUUUUUUUUUUUUUUGCCCCGAGAAGCGGGGAUGCCUUCCUAGCAUUUCGGGUGCUAUGUCGCCUCUUGAACUCUGACAUCGCCUACGGAAGCCCGGACGUACAAAAAGGGAGACUCUAAACAGUGGGGGGUUGCUUUAUUCACCGACAUGGACAUCAACCUGCAGUCGCACCGCUUCUACUUCCCGCAGAUCUACUGCGCCGAGCCGGGGGUGCAGCAGCAGCUAAACGAGUUCAAAGUCAGCGAGCAGAGCAUCUGCCAGGCGAGGGCGUCGGUCAUGGUCUACGACGACACCAGCAAGAAGUGGGUGCCCAUCAAGCCGGGCCAGCAGGGCUUCAGCCGCAUCAACAUCUACCACAACACGCCCAGCAACACCUUCAGGGUGGUGGGCGUCAAGCUGCAGGAUCAGCAGGUGGUCAUCAACUACUCCAUUGUGAAGGGGCUGAAGUACAACCAGGCCACGCCGACCUUCCACCAGUGGCGCGACGCCCGGCAGGUCUACGGCCUCAACUUCGCCAGCAAGGAGGAGGCCACCACCUUCUCCAACGCCAUGCUCUUCGCCCUCAACGUGCUCAGCGCCCAGGACGGAGGUCCAGCUGUGCAGCGCCAAGUCCAAAAUGGACCAGGUUCGGAAGAGAUGGAAGCCCAGAGAUCAAGGCAGAUGAUGGAGCAGCAGCAGAUGCAGGCCCACAUGGAGCGGGAGCGACGCUCCUCCAACUCAGGUUCUCCUUUCCAAGGCCACCCCGCCGUGCUCUCGGUGGCGCCACCGGUCGUACCUCCCCCUGCGUGCAUGGCUGCGGGACCUCCGCCUCCGCCGCCACCCCCGGGACCGCCGCCACCCUCCGCCGGGGCCCCGCCGCCGCCUCUGCCUCCCCCGCUGCCCAGCCACGGGGAGGAGCCGCCAGCCCAGACGGGGCUCGCCGCCAUGAUCGCCGGUGCCAAGCUGCGGCGCGUGCAAAGACCGGAGGAGAGCUCGUCCAGUUCGUCCAGCGCCAAAAGCAACGACGUCAACCGGACGAGCGGCGGCAGCGGAGGACUGAUGGAGGAGAUGAACGCGCUUUUGGCCCGAAGAAGAAAAGCAGCGUCAGAGAAGCCAGAGGACAACCAAAGUGAUGACAUCAAUUCUUCGUCGCCCAGCACCAGAGGGGGUCAGAACGCCACAGACGCUGUAAAAAAGCCAUGGGACAGAGCCAACUCUGCAGAUAGGGCCGUGGCUUCAAGGGUACGGCCUGCGGGGAGCGGCAACGACGCAGACUCGAUAGACAUGGAUAGAAUGAAACAGGAAAUCUUGGAAGAAGUAUUCCGCGAGUUGCACAAAGUGAAGGAAGAAAUUAUUGAUGCCAUUAGACACGAACUCAGUCGAGUGAGCACGACAUAAUGUCGCCUAUCCGAGGAGGAGGAGUCGGGCCCAAACUGUGACGUCCACAGUGAUGUCGAGGCGCCGACGUAGCCGCCACGUUUUUUUGCGGUGUGCAUUGACUUGAGGGAAGGCGCUGUGUGUGUGUGUGUGUGUGUGUGUGUGUGUAUGCGCGCGUGUGUGUGUGAAGAGACUGUCAGUUCUUUACAUUUGUCUUUGUUUGCCACUCUGUCUUUGGCCUGAAAAACAUAAGAAAAUUCAAUAUAUUCAAAUAGUUUUAUUGUGUCCAGGUGUUCACGAAACACUAAAAAAAUAAUAAUAAUAAUUUAUUACCCUUACUAUCAUAUUCCUCAUUAAUGAUAUUAAAGAGUUUUAGUCAGAAAGAAUGACAGUAAAAAUAAUCCAACAGUCAUUUUCUGUAGCACUUGACUGGAGCUAGAAUAUAUUCCAUUUGACUUUUUAUGGUUGCCAGGAGUUCAGAUAUUGAUUACCCUCAUAUUUCUCAUUAUGAGGGUUUUAGUUAGUACAAAUGAGGCUAUAACAAGAAUAUGAUAGUAAAGAUAAUAUUGCACGUUUUUUUCAAUCAUUUGCUUUUAUAUUAUUCACAUAAUCCAAAUCUUUCUCAUUUUUUAAAAUGGUUUAUUUGCUUUUUAUUUUUCUUUGGACCAAAACAGCAAAAAGCAGCUUUUGAACAACAACCACUGCAAAACUUUUUUUAAAACACAAAUAACACACAAGAUUAUUUGUGAUCAUAUUGUUAACAAUAAUUAAAAAAAAAAAAACUUUAUUGGCUGCCAAGUAUUGUUUAUUCUUUUCUCUUUAUGAUAACAAAGUGCUUCCUUGUUGAACAAAAGAAGAAAAUGCACUGAGUUUUGAAAUAAAUUCAAAUAAAACUGUGAACAAUGUCUUGGAUAAGUAA